UGGCAACACCACCCGGUGCCUUUUUUUAUGUGCACAGUGCCGGGCGGUGACGAAAUCGCAUCGCGUUUCGGCUUCGAUCCGUUUGCUAUUCCUGUUCGGGCCAUUCUUCUCCGUCGGCCGCGUCCGAUUUGAACUGCCGCCGUCUCGCCGCGUCCGACGCGGGCGACGAUGGCGAUAUGAGGGGGUCCGACUGGGAAGCGCCGGCGGUUGCGAGGGAGGAGGAGGAGUUAUACUACGAGUCCUUGGACCGCGUGCUGUCCUCCUCGAGCUCCUCUACUUCCGCUUCCGAUGACGACGCCGACCACCGACAUCACCGCCGCUUCCUUCGCGGCCCGAGCUUCCCGCCGCCGCUCUCAAGCUUGUACGACGUCUGGAUCUCGGAGCCGUCCUCCGUGGAGGAGCGCCGGAACCGACUCCUAUUACAGAUGGGCCUCGGCGGGGACCCCGCCCUCGCCCUCGCCCUCGCCCUUCCGAAGUCCCCAUCCCGUGACGCCGCCGAUUCUAGGACUGUGGAGCAGGAGGUUGGUCCGUCGGCCGUCUCAUUCCCUGAUUCCUUGCGGUCCGAUGUCGCGGUGAUCGUCAGAUCCAGAUCGGAUGGCUCCGUCGAUCCUAAUUGUGUUCGUUCGGAACGGACUGAGCGACGUGCAAUCUCGCUUGGGUCCGGGCCGGCGACCGAUAAGCCGCCUCUCGUUGGGCGUUCCUGGUCGCUGACUGCGGCUAAAUGCAGUGGCUUGGAAAACGGGUGCCUUCAGCAGCCCUGUACGAUUAGGAAUCUGGACGAUGGCAGCGAGUUCGUGGUGAAGGAGAUGCGGCAAGAUGGAAUGUGGAACAAACUGAAGGAGGUCGGGACGGGGCGGCAGCUCACGAUGGAGGAAUUCGAAAUCUUUGUCGGCCGCUCCCCGCUCGUACAGGAGCUCAUGCGGCGGCAAAGCGUCGAGGAGUCCAGGAGCGACGAGAGCAAGAGGAACGAUUAUGGUUCUGGCGGACCUGGUGGUGGGUUAAGGGCCGGCGAAGGGGAUCUCAGGUCGAAGAAGAAGGGUAGCUGGCUCAAGAGCAUCAAGAACAUAGCAGGCACGGUGGUCUCCGGAGGGCACCACCAACGGGAAAGGCGGAGUAAUGAUGAGAGAGAAACUUCGUCGGAGAAGGGAGGGAGGAGGUCGAGUUCGGCCACCGAUGAUAGCCUUGACGGUUCGCAUUCUAUUUCUACCCACCACGGGCCCGAGAGAAUCAGAGUCCGGCAGUACGGCAAGUCGUAUAAGGAACUCACUGGUCUUUACAUUACUCAGGCGAUUCAGGCGCACAACGGAGCUAUCUGGACCAUCAAAUUUAGUUUGGACGGUCGACUUCUAGCGAGUGGAGGUGAGGAUUGUGUUAUCCAUGUGUGGGAGGUGGCCGACUUGGAGAAAAGGGCAGAGUUUUUCCCGGAGGGAGAGACUGGGGAGAAUGAUAAUUGUCAUCCUCUCAUAUCAGUAUUCGCUAAUGGUACGCCGGAACCUGCCGUAGCUUUGUCCUCUGUGGAAGCAAGUCACUGGGAGAAGAAAAGAUGGUCAAAGGUCCCUCAUAGCAGACGAUCUGUGAGUUCCGACCACUUAAUGCUGCCAGAGCAUGUUUUAGCUUUAUUGGAGAAGCCAAUCUUCUCUUUUAGGGGCCACACAAAAGAUGUCCUUGAUCUUUCAUGGUCCAAGUCCCAGCAUCUGCUAUCAUCUUCAAUGGACAAAACAGUCAGAUUGUGGGACACAUCUCUCUGUUCUUGUCUAAAAACAUUUUCCCACAGUGACUAUGUUACCUGCAUCCAAUUCAAUCCUGCUGAUGAAAAAUACUUCAUCAGUGGAUCCCUAGACAAGAAAGUCCGUAUAUGGAGUAUUCCGGAUCGACAAAUUGUUGAUUGGAAUGAUCUUCAUGAGAUUGUCACUGCAGUCUGUUUUACCCCAAAUGGACAGGCUGCUAUGGUGGGUACGCACAAGGGUAGUUGCCACCUCUUUGACACAUCUGAGAAUAAGCUUCACGUCAAGGAUCAAAUUUACUUGCAAUCAAAUAAAAAUAAGUCCAGCAACAAGAAAAUUACUGGCUUUCAGUUUGUUCCAGGUAGUUCCUCUGAAGUUCUUAUUACAUCGGCAGACUCAAGAAUACGUGUUGUGAAUGGGGUUGAUCUAGUGCACAAGUUUAAAGGAUUCCGCAACACAAGCAGUCAGAUAUCGGCUUCAAUGACCCCAAAUGGGAAGUAUGUGAUUUGCGCUAGCGAGGAUUCUUAUGUGUAUAUCUGGCGAUACGAUGCUUGCUCCCAACCUAGUAAGGCCAAGGGCAUUGUCAAUUCCAUGCAAUCUUAUGAGCACUUCCAAUGUCAGGAUGUGACUGUGGCAGUUGCUUGGCCAGACCCCAAUGCCACAGGGCUGGUUGCAGGGCACAGCAACAUGCAAAAUGGCUUCAGUCUGGUAUCUGCUAUCGAAGCAGAGGGACAAACACAGAUCAACAACUUGCACAAAAAUUCAUCAUUAUCAGUCUACUCUCGGAGUCCAGUUCAUCGUGGCAUUCCUUCGAGGACUGAUUCUCCAACUUGGUCCAAGGAGAAGCUCCCGAGAAACGAGCUUAGCCCUCAGAGCAGUGGUGAGCCUCACAAUGGGGCUUUGCUGGUGCAAAGCAAGCUAGCUUGGGGGAUGGCUAUCGUUACCGCUGGACAAGGUGGUGAAAUAAGAAUAUAUCAAAAUUUUGGCUUUCCAUUUCGAGUUUGAAGGUUUGUAUUAUCCUGGAACUGGUGCUUUGGAUCUCAAUUCUCAGCGACAGAAGUUGCAUUCCACUAGAAGACUACGGUUCCAGUUUUCGUGUGUAUAGAUACAAUUAUUUGGUUUUAAUUUUUUUGUCUGUAGGUAAAUUAAGUUCCUUUAUUUUAGUUUACCCACUACCAAGAUUGGAGUUCAAUUAAGCCAAAAACCACACAGCACCAAAUUGAAUGUAGCAUUAAGGUAGCUUAAGUGUUUCUGGAUAUAUAAAGAUGCUUGUCCAAGUUACUAGGGGCCAGUGUAACCCAUUGCCUUAGUUUAGCAAGAAGCGAUAAUCCUCUCUACACAUCUGCUAUCUCGUCUAAGGAAUAGGAGCUUUUGAAAAGGUGAGGAAAGUCAUUUACUUUCAAGAUAGACGAAAUUUUGAUUUGUGAAAUUCUUAAAUGAUGCAUUUAACUUUCA